UCUCUUCUCCAACCCCACAAUCACCAUUCUAUAUACCACCUCUAAAAUCUUUUUUCUUGUUCACAUCCCAAAACCCUUAAACAAAUAAGUCUCUCAACUUCUGUCACCUCCCAAAAUUUAAACAAACAAGAAAUGUUUGUCCCCUUACAACAAAUACUAGUUUUGCUAAUUGUGGUCAUUUUCUCUGCUGCCACAAAUACAACAACUGCAAGUGAAAUCAAGAACUCAACUACUGCCCAUGCACUAUUCCCAUAUCCCACUCAUGAAAAUUUCAAUGUUCAAGAAACCAUUUCCCAAUUAGCUACAAAAAUCCAAACCCCACAUGAAAAACAAGAAGAAGACUUUCAUUUUGAUGAUGAAAAUGGAGAAGAAAAGAGAAACUUGAAGCUCAAGCUAAUUCACAGAGAUAAAUUAUACUUUUCCAAUUAUUUCUCUAACCAUAGCAAAAUGUUUGAAGCUCGCAUGAAAAGAGAUGUGAAAAGGGUGUCUAGUCUCAUUCACAGAAUCACUGGUGGUGGAAAUGGGUAUCGGGUCGAGGAAUUCGGGUCGGAUGUAGUUUCGGGUAUGGAUCAAGGAAGUGGUGAAUAUUUUGUUAGGAUUGGUGUAGGUAGUCCAGCUAGGAACCAAUACAUGGUUAUUGAUUCUGGCAGUGAUAUUGUUUGGGUACAGUGUCAGCCCUGUACCCAAUGCUAUCACCAAUCCGACCCGGUAUUCGACCCGUCUCUUUCCGGAUCAUUUGCCGGGGUAUCUUGUGGUUCGUCGGUUUGUGAUCGGGUUGAGAAUUCGGGUUGUCAUGCGGGUCGGUGCAAGUAUGAGGUUCUAUACGGUGAUGGUUCGUACACUAGAGGUACAAUUGCUAUUGAAACACUUACUUUUGGUCAUAAUAUGGUUAAAAAUGUGGCUAUUGGGUGUGGACAUAGCAAUAGUGGCAUGUUUACUGCAGCUGCUGGUUUGUUGGGACUUGGUGGUGGGUCCAUGUCACUUGUGGGCCAACUUGGUGGGCAAACGGGUGGGGCAUUUAGUUAUUGUUUAGUGAGUCGGGGCACCGAAUCAACCGGGUCGCUUGAGUUCGGUCGCAGAGUAUUACCCGUGGGUGCAGCAUGGGUACCCUUGAUCCGAAAUCCACUGGCCCCGAGUUUCUACUAUAUCGGGUUAACGGGUCUUGGAAUCGGAGAUGCUCAAGUACCGAUAUCAGAGGAAGUAUUUAAGAUAACCGAGCUCGGAGAUGGUGGAGUGGUCAUGGACACUGGGACAGCCGUGACAAGGUUUCCUGCGGUAGUGUAUGUGGCGUUUCGAGAUGCAUUCUUAGCAGAAACCGCUAGCCUUCCUCGGGCACCCGCAAUCUCAAUAUUCGACACGUGUUACGAUCUAAACGGGUUCGUGACGGUUCGGGUACCAACCGUUUCAUUUUUCCUCAUGGGUGGGCAAAUACUAACCCUUCCAGCUAGAAACUUUCUAAUUCCAGUGAAUGAUAAGGGUACAUUCUGCUUUGCAUUUGCUCCAUCAGCAUCAGGACUUUCCAUAAUAGGAAAUAUCCAACAAGAAGGCAUCCAAAUUUCUUUUGAUGGAGCAAAUGGUUUUGUGGGAUUUGGUCCCAAUAUUUGCUAGCUUAUAAUUAAAUUAUGUAAAGCAAAUGUUUUUUGUUUUUAUUUUGAAAGAAAUGACAAGGAAUAUGGAGAAGGAGAAUUAGGAAGAGGAAGGAAUCCUCGUGAGAUUAUCGAGUGAAGUUUUGUUAGUAUAAUGUAACAAUAUUAAAUAUUAGUUCCUUUAAAUACUAUUGAAGAUAUGAAGUAAAGAAUGUAACCAUAUAUUGCUAUUAAUUAUGUACUUUUUAAUUAAGUAAACUUAUGUGGCUAGUCUU